AUGGUGGAGGAGCUGAAGCAGAUGCAGCGUUCGGACCCCGUGGCCAAGGAGCAGUGGCACGCCUACUGCGAGGCUUAUGGCAACGGUGUCCGCGACCCGAACAGGCAUGACCUCACGUUCAUCCAGAGCUUCGUCACGCAGUACGCAAGCGGCGCGCGGCUCGAGUCGAGCGAGGGCAAGGAGCUGGUUCAGUACAUCAAGCAGGGCAAGAGGAAAUCUCCAGCGUGGAAGCAGAUCUGGGAGAUGUACGCCGACACACGGAUGGUGGACGGUAGGCCAAAGCACGACCCGGCCGCGCACACCCCCGAUUUCUUGGAGGGUUUCUUCGAGUUCGUGGGCAACAUGGCGGUAGGCAGCGGGGCCGUGAUGAGCGGCAUGGGCGGCAUGGGUGGCAUGGGGGGCAUGGGCGACAUGGGCGGCAUGGGCGGCAUGGGCGGUUACGGCGGUUCUCAGCGUGAGUCCAUCCGUGUGUGUGCUUCAAGCUGA